GAACGCACGCCCGGGGCCGGGCUCAUUGCGAAGAACAAGCCAACGGCAGGCGCGACGCGGGCUGAAGCAGGGUAGUCAGGGGAUCUGCAAGGAACCCCGCCACGCAGCUCCUGCUCAGUCCAAAGGCAGUUUUGGGUUCGGCGCAGAGAAAGCCGCCAGGGUCGGGCUUUUCCUCGAAAGCCUUCUCCCUGCCCUCGGCUUUGGAAGACAAAGAGUACAGGAGGACUUACACGCUGGGGGCGCUGGGGCCGGCCAUGGUCAUGGAGGUGGGCUCACUGGACGCCGGAGGCCUGCGGACGCUCCUGAGCGAGCGCGCGGCGCAGUGCCUGCUGCUGGACUGCCGCUCUUUCUUCGCGUUUAACGCCGGCCACAUCGCCGGCUCGGUCAACGUGCGCUUCAGCACCAUCGUGAGGCGCCGGGCGAAGGGCGCCAUGGGCCUGGAACACAUCGUGCCCAACGCCGAGCUGCGCGGCCGCCUGCUGGCCGGCGCCUACCACGCCGUGGUGCUGCUGGACGAGCGCAGCGCCGCCCUGGACGCCGCCAAGCGCGACGGCACCCUGGCCCUGGCGGCGGGCGCGCUGUGCCGCGAGGCGCGCGCGGCGCAGGUCUUCUUCCUCCAAGGAGGAUAUGAAGCGUUUUCAGCUUCCUGCCCAGAGCUGUGCAGCAAACAGUCGACCCCCAUGGGGCUCAGCCUUCCCCUGAGUACUAGCGUCCCUGACAGCGCCGAAUCGGGGUGCAGUUCCUGCAGCACCCCACUCUACGAUCAGGGUGGCCCAGUGGAGAUCCUGCCCUUCCUGUACCUGGGCAGUGCCUAUCAUGCUUCCCGCAAGGACAUGCUGGAUGCCUUGGGCAUCACCGCCUUAAUCAACGUCUCAGCCAAUUGUCCCAACCAUUUUGAGGGUCACUACCAGUACAAGAGCAUCCCCGUGGAGGACAACCACAAGGCGGACAUCAGCUCCUGGUUCAACGAGGCAAUCGACUUUAUAGACUCCAUCAAGAAUGCCGGAGGAAGGGUUUUUGUCCACUGCCAGGCUGGCAUUUCCCGCUCAGCCACCAUCUGCCUCGCUUACCUCAUGCGGACUAACCGAGUCAAGCUGGACGAAGCCUUUGAAUUUGUGAAGCAAAGAAGAAGCAUCAUCUCCCCCAACUUUAGCUUCAUGGGCCAGCUGCUGCAGUUUGAGUCCCAGGUCCUGGCCCCGCACUGCUCGGCAGAGGCUGGUAGCCCUGCCAUGUCGGUGCUGGACCGGGGCACCUCCACCACCACAGUCUUCAACUUCCCCGUCUCCAUCCCCGUCCACUCCACGAACAGUGCAUUGAGUUACCUGCAGAGCCCCAUCACGACCUCUCCCAGCUGCUGAAAGGCCAUGGGAAGCCAUCUUCACAAUCCACUGGGACUCCAGUCCAGGCUCCUUCUUGAAGGGGAGAAAUGCAAUAACUCCAGGGAGGGAGCUCGAGAGGGCUGGUCAUUAUUUAUUUAAUUUCACCCAAGUUCCACUGGGUUCCUAAGCAGUUACAGUGAUGACUUAUCACCAAGACGAUGGAUGAACUCAGCACAUUUGGGACCAAUAUAUAUAUAUAUAUAUAUAUAUAUACUGGGUACAUCAAGUUCCCCUGACAAAAAGGGGCAGAGAGAAAGGACUCUGUGUGAGCCCAUUUCUUUUUGCUUGCCCCUGUUUUUUGUUUUGUUUUUUGUAGAAACUUCAUGCUUGACAUACUUACCAGUAUUAUCAUUCCUGACGACACAUAUAUGUAUGAGAAUAUACCUUAUUUAUUUUUGUGUAGGUUGUCUGCCUUCACAAAUGUCAAUGUCAACUAGAAGAACCAAAUACCUCAAUUUUUGUGUUUGAGUACUGUACUACCCUGUAAAUAUAUCCUAAGUAGGUUUGUUUUCAGCACUGAUGGAAAGCACCAGUGUUGUUUUUUUUUAGUUGCCAACAGUUAUAUGUUUGCUGAUUAUUUAUGACCUGAAAUAAUAUAUUUCUUCUUCUAAGAAGACAUUUUGUUAUAUAAGGAUAACUUUUUUUAUACAACAGAAUAAAUUAUGGCAUUUCUAUUGAA